UAUAUUUAAAAAUCUUACCAAUAUAAAUAAAGUUUUCUGUGUAUAUGAACAGGAAAAACGCAUUCUAGUGUGCCUCAAAUUAAACACAUUUCAAUCUGCAUUACAGGUUAAAAGAUAAUAUUGUUCGGUCAGAAAACGGACAAAUAUAUCUGACUGAACUAGAAAGAAAACUUCGUGGUAGAGCCAGUACCCAAGCUAUUGGUAAAGCCAUGAAAGCUGUUUUUAAAGGGGUACUUGUGAAGUCAACAAGAAGCAAGGAAUACUGGGCAAAACUAACUAAGCUGUAUAUGGGUGUUGAAUGGAAGAAACCCCCACAAGAGUGUAGUUCUAUCCACAGUCAUGGCCUACAUUCUGAACCUGAAGCAGUUCUUAGUAAUAAUCAACAAGUAGCCAAUGUUAAUGAAAAUGAGGUACACUUAAUUGAAUCUGACCAUUGCGACAUGCAAACUGUAUUAGAAUCAAUUAUUCAGAAUAUAGACGACAGUAAACCGCACUUGCAUAAAUUAGGCUUAAGUGACAAAAUGACUGUCAUGUUAAAGUCACAGUUUGAAAAUGCAAAAAAGACUCCUAGAAGUCGACGAUGGGAUAGAAAUAUAAUAAGACUUUGCCUAACAUUGUACUGUCGUUCUCCUAAGAACUAUGAAUAUAUUUCAAAAAGUGGGUUUUUAGUUCUCCCAUCCUCAAAAUUAAUCCAAAAGUACAAAAACAAGGCAGACCAAAAUGCAGGAAUUAACAAGGACAUUUUAGAAUGGAUGAAGAGCGAAGCCGAACUGUGUAACUUGCCUGAUGAGGGUUAUGAAGGGGGUUUGAUUAUGGAUGAAAUGGCCCUUCAAGAUGAUAUUCAGUUGAAGAGAAGGGGAGAUGAAUUUGAACUGAUUGGUUUCACUGAAGUUUGUGACGAAUCUGUACAUAUGAAAACUCUAAUGGGCUCACACGAUUUAAAACUUGCGACGCAUGCAUUACAGAUUUUGUUUUUGGGUCAUACAGGUUUUAGAUUCCCUUUCGCCCACUAUGCAACUGAACAGGCUAGUCCGUCCGAAUUAUACUUAAUAUUCUGGAAAGCCGUAAAACUUUUAAGUCUGUAUGGAUUCCGUGUAACAUAUCUCAGUCUUGAUGGUGCACAAAGUAACCGGUCAUUUAUGAAAAUGCUUUUACCAGAAGAUCAGAAAACGUCCGAUACUAUGCAAACAAUGGUCUUCAGCAAUAUUUAUGACCGAAUGAUGCCAAAAAUAAGUAUAAUCAUGGAUUACUCCCAUGUAAUGAAAAAAAUUAGGAAUAAUCUGUCAAAGAGUGGUCAUUCACAAAGUCAUAAAAAAUUACUAAUGUAUAACGACAAUUGCAUAAUAUGGGAACACUGGUUCAAAUCUUAUCAAUGGGAUGUUACUGUUAACUCAUUAAAGGUUUAUCCUCAGCUAACACAAGACCAUUUCUUUUUAAACUCACAAUUAAAGAUGAGGAACAAGCUUGCGGAAUCUGUUUUAGAUGAAAAUAUGUUGCACCUAAUGCAACUUUAUCAGAAAUCGCUCGGAGAAGAGGGUACUGAACUUGAUAGUAGUAUUGAGCUUUUGAAACACACGUCUGUUUUGGUAAAAAAUUUCAGGGAUAAAAGACCUAUUUCAAACUAUGAAGAUGUCCGCCUGGUUCAGAACAGAACUGUUUUAAAGUGGUUCCAAAAAUGGGAGAAUACUGUCAAAGAUACUGAUAAAAAGGUGAAAGAGAAAAGCUUGAUAUCAUUUCAGACCAGAGAGGAUAUUGUGUCCCUCAUACUUGGAUUUGACAGUAUGUGUAAAAUAAAAUUCAGUCAGUCGGCUGGUUCUGUUGUGCCAAGUAGAGUAAAUAGUGACGUUAUCGAAAAUAUCUUCUCCCAACAACGAGGUCUUCAUAACGGUUCCAAUACCAAUCCAGAUUAUUUAACAUAUAGCAGAACCAUGAACACUAUCAUUCUCGGUGAAAACACCGUAUCUCGUAAAUCCAAUACAGGUGGUACAAGUGCUGGAGCUAUGUUCUAUGAGCCAGGUGUUAAGAGACAACCACUGAAGGUGAUUCAGAAUAAUCAUAUACACAGAGUAGGUAUUUUUGUUAAUAUACAUAAGGUAGUCCUGCACGUUUGAUUAACCAGAAGUAAUGGCGGAACGUCAUUUAUCAGGAAAACAGAAUAAGUCUGGACUUGGAACAUGAAUUUAAUGAAAAUGAAACUCUUUUUGUAAAUUUGUCCGCACAGCUACCUGCACAUACGACAGUAUAUCAGUUAAGAACGAUAAAUGUAAUAUUAGUUAUACCGCUAUUUAUAUUCGGACACCGAAAAUUAAUUUACAGAAAUAUACGGAAUAUUCAUGAAUGCCAGGUCAAUACUUUCGGACAAUAACUUAGGAACUAUGACGCGCCAGGUAUAAAUUAUCGCUGACUGGCCGAGUGUGUAUAUCGAUGUAAACGUCACACAGAACUUCCUUUUAUUUUAGAUCUGUAUUUUUUUGUCGUCUGCUAGACGGGAUUGAACAAAAACAAAAAUGCAUUGUUUUGCAUUAUUAAAAAGUAAUAAAGUAACACACAAUUCAGUCCUCCAAAACCCAAACUAGUUUAAUGUGUUAGAAAAAAAAGAUAGAUAUACAUUAGUAAUUUUACC